GAAUGUUUGCCGAGUGCCUGGCCCCCAGUAUGAUUACAGCCAGCCCCGUUGUUUUGGAGGUUUUCAGACAGUGAAGCCACGAAAUGAGCACAUGUGCCCUCUCCCACAGAAUGCGAAAGCGCUCUUCAAGGUCUAAGAAGGCCUAUGAAGAGCAGAAGUUUGACAGUAAGAAGACCGAUGGACCUGUAUCAUCUGACUUACAGUCAGUUAAAGCUUCACAUAUGCCCAUUCAUGCUGAGAAUAGUUUGAAAUCAGAUGGUUAUUAUAAACGAACAGACAGGAAAUCCAGAAUCAUUGAAAAAAGUGGAUCUGCCUCCAAACCUGAGUUUGAAUUUACCAGGUUGGAUUUUCCUGAACUGCAGGGUCCAGAGAACAGUGAGAGACCAGAGACACAAAAGCCGCCCAAGUGGGGGCCUUUACACCCCGCCCCCACCGACAUUUCUCUUCUAAGAGAAGUGGGGAAACCCGCUGCGGCGUCGCCAGAGGGCGAAAUAGUGGUGAAAACCAAUAACCCGACCGAGUCUGUAACUGCUAGCGCUGCUGCCAGUCCCUCCUCGUGCACGAGAGAAUUAUCUUGGACACCAAUGGGUUAUGUUGUUCGGCAGACAUUAUCUACAGAACUGUCACCAGCCCCUAAAAAUGUUACUUCCAUGAUAAACCUAAAGAUGGUUGCUUCAUCAGCAGAUCCUAAAAAUGGUAGUAUGUCGUCUUCUGAAGUUUUAUCUUCGGCUCCUUCCUACAGAGAGAAACACGUUGCCCAUCCUGCGAGAAAGUCCAAAGCAUCACAAGGUGGCGAUCCUGAGCAAAACGAAGCCUCAAGAAGGAAUAAGAAAAAGAAGGAAAAGUCUAAAUCGAAAUACGAAGUCCUGACAGUUCAGGAGCCACCAAGGAUUGAGAAUAAUUUUAAAAAUAGUGGAAAGAAGAGCCAGAUUCCAGUACAGUUGGAUUUGGGGGGAAUGCUGACUGCGCUGGAAAAGAAGCAGCACUCCCAGAAUGCAAAGCAGUCCUCCAGACCCGUGGUGUUCUCAGUCGGGGCGGUGCCCGUCCUCUCCAGGGAGUCCGCGUCCGGGAAGAAGGGCCAGCGCCCCGGCCCGGUGAAGACCCCGCACAACCCCCUGGACUCCAGCGCGCCCCUGGUGAAGAAGGGGAAGCAGAGGGAGGUGCCCAAGGCCAAGAGGCCGACCUCGCUGAAGAAGAUCAUUUUGAAAGAGCGGCAGGAGAGGAAGCAGCAGCGUCUCCAGGAGAAUGCCGUGAGCCCCGCCUCUGCCGGCGAGGACGCGCAGGCGCCCGCGCAGCCGGACCCCUCAGGGGGAUCGGAAGAGUCGGUGUCCUGUGCUCCUGUGGAGGAGAGCAAGUCCGAAGAGCAGCCGGGAGCUGAGCUCCAGAGGGAGGCGGAGGCCCGCCCCAGGAUCCACAGCCGACGGUUCCGGGAUUACUGCAGCCAGGUGCUCAGUAAGGAGGUAGACGCGUGUGUCACGGAUCUGCUGAAAGAGCUGGUGCGUUUCCAAGACCGGAUGUACCAGAAAGACCCGGUCAAGGCCAAGGCCAAGCGCCGCCUCGUGCUGGGGCUGCGGGAAGUCCUCAAGCACCUGAAGCUCAAAAAGCUGAAAUGCGUCAUCAUCUCCCCCAACUGUGAGAAGAUCCAGUCGAAAGGUGGGCUGGACGACACGCUGCACAGCAUCAUCGACCACGCCUGCGAGCAGAACAUCCCGUUCGUGUUUGCCCUCAACCGCAAAGCGCUGGGGCGCAGCCUGAACAAGGCGGUCCCCGUCAGCGUGGUGGGGGUCUUCAGCUACGAUGGGGCCCAGGACCAGUUCCACAAGAUGGUUGAGCUGACGAUGGCGGCCCGGCAGUCGUACAAGGCCAUGCUGGAGAACGUGCACCGGGAGCUGGCGGCGGCUCCCGGGCCCCAGGCCCCGGCCAGCCCACCCGUGCAGGGGCCCAACCUCUCCACGGAGGACGGGCCCCCAGCCCCCGCCGGGGAAGAGGAGCAAUGCUACAUUGAAAUCUGGAGAAGGCACCUGGAGGCGUACAGCCGACGUGCCCUGGAACUGGAGACGUCGCUGGAGGCUUCGACCUCUCAGAUGAUGAACUUGAAUUUGUAAGAAGAGUUCUGUCCUGUGUGUGUGCAUUGGGAGUAAGGAGGGGUUUGAAAGACUUUGGGGCCUUUUUCUUCUCAGAUCUUUGUUGACCACGCGUGUUUUUAUGACUGUUCAAUUGGAAGCCACCCAGCAGUGUCUGCCGGCGUCCCCGGGCCCCACGGGCGGGCUCUCCGUAGGCUGGCGGAGACCUUUUCGAAAAGCCUUGGGGCACAGCUUUGGCCCUUGAGCGCAGUGAGGCUGGAGGGGGCCGGGGUGGGGGCGGCGCUCAGAGCACCUGCCGCUCAGGAGACGCGUCGGCGUUGCGGGGCAGCUGGGCCAGGGUGGCUGUGGGAAGCAGCGGUGGGCUGAGGGGAUGUGGCUGGGAGGCUCUGAGUGCCGGUGACCCAGCACAGCCCCGGGGACGCUGCCGGACGGGCCCUGCGGGGGGUCAGUGUUGGGACAGGAGGCACGGUGGGGUGCCUUUCUCAGGAUGUGGCUUUUCAGCCAGAAAAUUUAGGGGAUACUUGAAGGGUUUGCUACAGUGAGCCUCAGAAGGAAAAUCGGUUCUCUGACCUGUGACCUUUUGACAUGAAUUACUCUGUUUAUUCUUAAUUUUUCAAAGGAACACUGUGUAUUGAAGUUGCUAAAUUUCAGUUUUGAUAAUCUUCAGAGUCUUUCUUUUGUAAAUGAACACAUCCUGGAUGUGGUCUCUGUCCUAGAGGCCAGAAGGACAGCAGUCACUCCUGUGUUUUCCUGGAAGAAGCUUAUUUAUUUUGAAUAAAGAGUGAUUAUUUAACUUCG